CGUUUCUCGGCGGACAGGUUAAAAGCGAGGGACCGACUUCCGUUCCACCGCACGGUCAAACUCUCGCGAGAACCCGGCCACUUCCUCUUCGCACGGAACCUACUUCCAAGAUGUCUCUGGUCAUCCCUGAGAAGUUCCAGCACAUUCUUCGUGUUCUCAACACGAACAUCGAUGGCAGAAGGAAGAUCGCCUUCGCCAUCACUGCCAUCAAGGGAGUUGGCAGACGUUACGCUCAUGUCGUCUUGAGGAAGGCUGACAUUGACCUCAGCAAGCGGGCUGGCGAGCUGACGGACGACGAGGUUGAGCGUGUUGUGACCAUCAUGCAGAACCCUCGCCAGUACAAAAUCCCAGACUGGUUCCUCAACAGGCAGAAGGACGUCAAGGACGGCAAAUACAGCCAGGUCCUGGCUAACGGUCUGGACAACAAGCUGAGAGAAGAUCUGGAGAGGCUGAAGAAGAUCAGGGCUCACCGGGGUCUCAGGCACUUCUGGGGUCUGCGUGUGCGUGGUCAGCACACCAAAACCACCGGGCGGCGCGGUCGCACUGUGGGCGUGUCCAAGAAGAAGUAAACCUCCCCGCUUCCCUUUUUGUUUCAAUAAAACGCCGACACUCAAAA